AUUUGUCGGUGUCAAUGCAUCUGACAUCAACUAUUCCGCGGGCCGAUACGACCCUUCGGUCAAGACCCCCUUUGACGUAGGUUUCGAAGGUGUGGGAGAGGUGGUAGCCUUAGGCCUGUCGGCCAGUGCCAGGUACGCCGUGGGCCAGGCUGUGGCCUACAUGGCCCCCGGCUCCUUCGCUGAGUACACCGUGGUGCCAGCUGGUGCUGCAGCUCCCGUGGCCUCUCUGCAGCCACAGUAUGUCACCCUGCCGGUAAGUGCCACCACUGCAUACAUCAGCCUGAACGAGCUCGGAGGACUGUCGGAAGGGACAAAAGUUUUGGUGACGGCAGCAGCUGGGGGGACAGGCCAGUUUGCCGUGCAGCUUGCAAAGAAGGCCAAGUGCCAUGUCAUUGGCACGUGCUCUUCCGAUGAAAAGUCUGCUUUUCUGAAAUCCAUUGGCUGUGAUCGUCCCAUCAACUAUACGACCGAGCCCGUCAGCACCGUCCUGAAGCAGGAGUACCCCGCAGGUGUGGAUGUGGUAUAUGAGUCCGUCGGGGGCGCCAUGUUCGACUUGGCCGUAGAUGCCUUGGCUAUCAAGGGGCGCUUGAUAGUCAUUGGGUUCGUGUCUGGCUACCAAACUCCUACUGGCCUUUCUCCUGUGAAAGCAGGGACAUUACCAGCCAAACUGCUGAAGAAAUCUGCCAGUGUCCGGGGCUUCUUCUUGAACCAUUCCCUUUCUAAGUAUCAAGCAGCCAUGGACCACUUGCUUAAGAUGUAUGCAGGUGGAGACCUGGUCUGCGAGGUGGACCUUGGAGACCGGUCUGCAGAGGGCAGGUUUAUUGGCCUGGAGUCUGUAUUCCGGGCUGUUGAUUAUAUGUACAUGGGAAAAAACACUGGAAAAAUUGUAGUUGAAUUAUCUCGCUCUGUCAGCAGUAAGCUGUAACAACAGAACAAUGACAUAAAUCAAAGGAGAAAGAAAAUGGGCACUUUAUUCCUCAGAAUUACUCAAAUCAAGUUAUUUGUAGUUGGUUAAGGGGUAUAAUAUUUCUUAAAACAAAAGUCAGGUGUUAAUGAAUAAGUUUCUCUUUUUUUUUUUUUGAUUUUUUUUUGGAGGGGGGUGGUUGCCCCUCCCUUGAAAAAAAUGCUAAUAAAAACUUCUCUCAACGGCUCAGAGGUAAAACCGUUAUAUUCGAUUCUUUGGUCAUGGACAGUCUCAUUCCAGAUUUUAUUGUUCCAGAGAAUUAAAUUAAUUCCUGAUGCAAGAUCUGAUCAAAUCAGUAUGUCUUCAGCUUGAUGAGAUUUUAAAAUCGGUCUUGAAAAUAGUCCACAAAUUCUUUGCUUUGGGAGAGUUUGGCCGUACACUAACGAGCAGUUAAUAAAUGAGAGAUAUAGCAGAAAAGCAGCCAUAUAUUUUCAGAGUCCAUAUUCCCAGGAAAUGGCCCUUCCUUUUCUAUAAAUCACCAACUCUCUAACUAGAAAUUUGGAAGAAUUCUCCCAAAACUUUGAUUUUUGUUAGGUCAAUAGAAAAAUGACUAUGUGAACGCAGACCUCUUUUUAAAAAGUGUCUAUUAUUUAAUGCUUUAUGCCCAGUUAUCCCAGUGAGGCCUGUGUGGAACUGGAAGUUUCUCUCUGCCCUUAAGAAGCAAAUUGGUGUUGAAAACUGUUAAGACAAAAGCAGGCUUUGGAAAGGGAUACUACAGAGGUUGGGGGCAAGCUUUAAAAACUUAGUACCUGCUUGGGAAGGGGGAGAGAGGAUGUGCUGCAUCCAUGGGGAGAGUCUGCAUAACAAAGGGAAAGCACUCCCUAGGCACAGGGCCAGAGAGUAAUAAUAGCAUCCUUCCUAGGCCUGAAGUAGGAUGUAUCAGACAGCACAGUGCAGAGGAGGGACUGACGCAAUCUAAAAUAAUCAGACAUUCGCUUCGUGUUUCAGACUUUCGGACACGGUGUGUUUUAUCUCUGAUCUUGGAAACAGAAUAGUGUGUGGCAGAGCGCGCUGUCCCUGUGUCCCCAUUUUACUUCCCCACGCGUUCUGUGGGAACGAGCUGCGCCUCGUUACUAGUGCCCACUGCCCAUGUCACACGUGAGAGCAACGUCACGAGCCUUCUCGCAGCCCAGCUGCCCGCCUCCUCACCUUCAGCUUGCCAAAGAAGGCUCCAGCUCUCGUCGCGAAGUUGGAAAUCCCAUAGUGCCUUUCUAAUUGAAGGCAAAGCCCACCGGAUUAUUUUUCAAAGCCCUGGGUUUUCGGUGUCUCUAAAUGCUAAAUAAAUGUGAACGCAAUUAAAGAUGCUCCGGGAAACUUGGCGACCAUAUUUAAUUUUUCUUUCCUCCCAUCUGAGGAGCGAGGAGAUCCUACUGCUGAAUAGCUGUUAGUAUCUCUUUUACAAGAUUUACUCAUUUUCAGGUACCUAAUGUAGCUGCUAGCAUGCACGCACAACAAUACAAUUUAUAUGGUAAAUGGGACCAAAUAAUGGCUUCACUGAAUGUUAGGGCUGCACUGAAGGGAGAUGUCACGGUAAAUAGCCGCCAAAUUAUGGAUCAUGCCGAAGUGUCACAACUGCACUAAAGACAAAUAGCACCGGAGGCUAUUGCCGCUGUGAUGCUUCUGAGUUAUGAAGAAGGGUAGCAGCCUGACGCGAGGCUCUUUGUGUCCUCCUCACGGCACGGGGUUACUAUGCGGGUACAAGAGAGGUUGGCCCACCGUGGUGCUCGGUUAUUAAUCUGCCCCUCUCAGACCUAACAGCUCUGGCCAGAGGGAAGGAGACGCUGCCUGGCUUUCAGAUACACAAACACACACAGGGGAGGGGACAGGUUUUAGGAACGGAAGUGCACAGGAAGGGACUGGUAAUGGGCGAACAUGGUAAUCAAAUCAUGCCAUCCAAGAAGAUGAUGAAAUUUCACGUAGUAUCUGUUGCUGCCCAUGCAGAUAGAUGUGUGAAGUCUAAACCAUAAUGCACUUUCUCCCUUCCUCGAGACUCCAGGAGCAAGGACACUGCCAACUAAAUUGCUUCCUCGAAACUGAAGUGCGUCCCGGUUUCUUUCAUGUUAAUGGGAGGGUAAUAAAGAUGAAAGACCAACAUUUUAACGGAUGGAUCCCUUAAGCUACAGAAUAGAAAUUUAUGAUGUUUUGAAGGAAUAUACUAAAUUCGGCGACAUAAAAAAAAUUUUUUUUUUCAAACACCCAGGUUUAAAAUAAAAUAUAAUGUGAAAACCUCAUGCUCGCUUUCCCCAAACUCAGGAACUCCAGUGCAUGCUGUUUUCAUUUAUUCUUAGAAAACAAGCAUGAAAGAUUCCGCCCAUUCAGAUAAUGCCAAAAAUAUGUUUAAACUUUUUCUUCUUAUUCUGAAAAAUGAUUUGUAAAUUGAGGGUCAUAGUUCAGUAUCAGUUUCAUCUUCUUGGAUUAUCGUUCAGGACCAGCCUCUAAUGGGAGGUGAAAUGGUGCAAUGCUCUCAACACCUUUCUUCUGAACUGUAUUACAUAUCACAAAAAGUACAUCCAUAAUUCAGGGCAAUUGUCAGUCUUUGUUUUAGAGACAGGGCUGGGGCUGAGCGAUCAUGGUGGAUGAAUUAUUUCUCGGUUCUCAGGGUGGCCUUCUCUGCACCUCAGCCUUGAGGGCUCUGGCUGGGCAGAUGGAGGGGUUUGACUUUGAGAAGCUAUUCUUUGCCAUUCCAUUGUGACUUCUAAAAAAGCAAAUGCUAUUCCUUCACAUUUGUUUUGCAUGCAAAAAAAACAAAAAAACAAAAAACCAAUGGUGUGAUUCCGGGCCUCUUUGACGAUGACUCCUGCUAGUAAAUAUUGUCAGCAUUUAAAAAAAAAUUUUUUUUUUUAGGGAGUAGUUCACAAAGAAAUGACACGGAAGUUUUGCUUGAUAGGCUCUAUACAUUGUUACUAUAUGAUUUCAUCUGAAUGGAGUUUCUCAAGAGUAGGAUAGAGCCUCUGUAAAUGGUCAUUAGUAUUACAUUCAGUAUUUAUCUAAUGAAAGUGCAGUGACAAGUAGCUGCUGCUUAUUAAAAUGAAAAUCCUGCGUUAUGUACUUACGGAACAUUCCAGCUAAUGAGGAUGUAAUUUCCUCAGUACAACACAGACCUUCUUUUUGUGUUCCCCACCACAAGACGCUGGAAACUUGACAAAUGAUAUCAUUUAAGACACAUGCCUGCCGUAGGGACCUGCUUUUUGGCUUCCUGUUUCUGGCUUUUAUUUGGGUAACAUUUAUAAUGGCCACCCUACUUGAAACGGGUAACGUUUUAACCCCUUCGUAGAGUUCCCAAUUAGCAUGAACUUACUACAUUCAGGGUUUCUUUUAAAAUGGGGUGUUUAGUACUGAAAAUAUUUUUCUUGAUCACUUUACCACAUGUACAUAUGGGAUAAAUACCACAUUUUAGAUUUAUUUGAAAACAGAUGAGCAACGUGCAACUUUCAGAAAAAAUACGAUAGAAAAAGACCAAGCGCAAUCAACUGUGGAUGAUAAUUUCCUAGGGGUUACAAUACACGUUUUAUGAAUGUAACCCAGGUGUGAAAUGGCCUGAUUUGAUGGGCUCCUAAUCACUGUUCUCUAUCCUUCCCUCUCUCUUCUUUUAUUAAAGAUUGUUUGUUAUUUAUAGUACUUAUUUAAAAACACGAAAUUUAUCUCUGCAAACAUUAUUCGGUACUCUUGGGGUUGGGGAUUGGUUGGGGUUUUUUUGAAAGUUCGAUUUUUCUGUAACUAAUGUUGUAGUUAUGGCCCAGAAUUAAAGAUUUAGGAUCACAUUUCAGAAGUCAGACAUGAAACUCUGGAUUCUCCAUACCACGGAUAUGGGCAUUUUAAACUUUAAAUUCUAUUGCUUACUAGACCUUUAGCAUUGUUAUUUCAACUUAUAAAGAGAGGAAUGUUCAAUAUGAGAACCUUAUUGCUGUGACCCUGAGCAAACUAUGGGACGUUGCCACAAGAAAAAGAAAAAAAAAAAAAAACGCUAUCCAAAAUACGUAAGGAAUAUUUUUACCAACAAGUAAUUCUUGAUAGUAGAGAGUUGAUAUUCAGGGAAGGUCAAAUCGGGUAGGCGUGUGAGGUUUCUAUGUAAGCCUUUCCCUAGAUCUGCGUAUCAGUGAACUGUGACGAUAAGACUGAGCUCGCAUCUGUUCCCAAUAGGAUGGCUUCUGCCAGCUUGGACCUGCCCUUCAGGGCUGGCUCAUGCUUCUCCAGGGGUGCGGACACUCCCAGGAAGCGUGUCUUGGAUCCCUCACAUGGGAGGCUAAGUACUGUAAGGAGUAGUUUGGGGGAACCAAUAUGUGCCUUGUAUGUGCUGGGAAGCACUGAGCCAGGAGUACAGAGAUUCCAACAGCCCCCCAAAGUAAGAGUUUCCCUUGAAGGGCACUAUCUGACAGUGCCUUUCUGCCAACACGAAAUUAAAAUAAUAAUUAAAACACACCCUGCUGACUGGCGGUAGCAUCCAAUAGGAGAGAUGCAUUGCUGCUUCGAGCUCAGAAAAGGGUUCCAUACGAUCGUCAGCCACUGUCCUGCCUUACCCUCUGCACCAAAGGGCUAAACUGUAUGUUAGAAUGACUUGCAUGGACGAUGUCUUUGGUCAGUGGAGAUGUAGGAACGUGUUCAGGGACACGAGGGCGUCCUGCUUAGAAGAGUCUGCCUCGCCACCGGCGUGCCUGCCCCUGGGAGGUCGACCGGCAGAAACUUAGAGCUGGAAGGAGCCCGGACACACUCCGCCCCUCAUAAAGGAGAAGACUCUGUUGUCCUUUAAAUGGUAAAAUUUGGGAUUUAAUCGACAGUCUACUCCUACCCAUUGUAUAAAUGACGAAACCAAAGCCCAGGAAGGAUAGGUGCCUCUUCUAGGGUCACGGAGUUCACCAGCCUCAGAAAUAAAGCUAGAACACAGGCAGGCGCCUGCCCAGGGCACAGGGCAAUCACAGGCUUAUCCCCUUCAUAAUCUGCCAAGGUCCCUCAGUAUGUGGCUGAUUAAUAGUAUCGCAGAAUAACAACUGGCCUUUGUUAUAAAUCUUUUUGUGGAUGAGAUGACGAUCAACCCAGGAAGAAUAUCACGGUUCAGACUGCGAAAGUGUGUUCACUCAGGACCCCCUUUAAUCGAGCACAAGUCAUGGUUCCAGAUCAUUUGAUUCUGUGUCAUCUAAAUACCACACAGGGUUCUGGGGGAUAAAGUACUCCGUGGAAUUAAGGGCUGAAUGCUCACAAUUUCGUUUUAAUGCUACAAGGAAGUCUCUGUCCUAUCAAUGUAUUUUUGGAUGUCCAAUCAUGAAAAUCAAAUAAAAUCUUUAUUAUCAUG